CCCUUCGAAAUACUCGGACUAAACAUACGAAUACUGAGCUGAGCGUGAAGAGCUAGCAUGGGUUCUAUCAGCCAUCACCAUGCGAUUAUGUCUCUCCUCAGCCUCCAACCACUAUUCUUCGUUAUUGCAGUUCUGCUGUCGAUAAUUUUCCUUCUUCUGUUAUUAUGUAACAAAGGAUCAUUCUCCACAAAAACAUGUCUUCCACCUUCCCCAUCCAAGCUUCCUAUCAUAGGCAACCUCCAUCAACUAGGCACCCUUCCUCAUCGCUCUCUCCAAGCCAUGGCCGACAAGCUUGGACCCAUCAUGCUUCUCCAGCUGGGCCAGGUCCCGGCUCUCGUGGUCUCAUCCGUGGACAUGGCACGGGAGAUCUUGAAGACCCAAGACCAUAUUUUCUCGAGUAGGCCUUCUUUGAAGGUACCCAAAACAUUCCUCUACGAAGGCCGAGAUGUAGCCUUCGCACCCUAUGGUGAGUAUUGGAGGCAAGCAAGAAAGAUGUGCGUGUUCCAUCUUUUGAGCCCGAAAAUGGUCCAGUCCUAUAAGCUCAUUAGAGAACAGGAAGUAGCUCUCAUGAUCGAGGCGAUCUCUCGAUCUUGUUCCUCAGGUACCGUCAUGAACAUAAGCGAGGAUCUGAAUUGUCUUGCCAAAAAUAUUAUUAGUAGAACUGCUCUAGGUAACUGCCCGAGAGAAGAGGAGUGGUAUAACAUGUUUCAUGCAGUGAUCCAUGAGUGCUCCAAAAUGAUGGGAGCUUUCCAUGUAGCGGACUACUUCCCAUCUCUUUCCUGGCUGGGCAGACUCACUGGCUUGGAUGCGAGGGUCGAGAAACUCUUCAAGAAAGUUGAUGAAAUUCUUGACGCCAUAGUCGACGACCACAUAAAUCGAUCGACCCAUGACAAGCACAAAACUGAUAACUUCAUUGAUAUCUUGCUCUCACUUGAAAUGGAAGGCAACAAGUGCGCUCUGUUUGGCAAAGAGGACAUUAAAGCAAUUGUGGAGGAUUUAUUUGGUGCCGGAACGGAGUCAAUUUUUGUGACCAUGGAAUGGGUUUUAGCAGAUCUUAUUCGAAACCCAGAAGCAAGGAAGAGAUUAAAGGAUGAAAUAAGAGGUAUAGUUGGCUCCAAACCAAUGGUAAAAGAGGAGGACUUGGAUGAGAUGAGCUACUUAAAAGCUGUGAUUAAGGAAAGUAUGAGACUCCAUCCGCCAGGGCCAUUUUUGGUUCCACGAGAGUUGAUAGAGGAUACAAAGAUAACAGGCUAUUUUAUACCAAGGCGGACAAGAAUUUUUGUCAAUGUUUGGGCCAUUCAAAGGGACCCUAAGAUAUGGGAAGCUCCCGAGGAAUUCCGGCCUGAGAGGUUCAUGGGCAGCUCCGUGGAUUUCAAAGGCCAUGAUUUCCAGCUGAUUCCCUUUGGUGCAGGCAGAAGGAUUUGCCCUGGAAUUGGAUUUGCAGUCCCUGUCCUUGAACUAGCUAUUGCUAAUCUCAUGCAUCGUUUUGACUGGAAGCUGCCUAACGGCAUGAAAGAAGAAGAUAUGGAUAUGGCUGAAGCUUUUGGACUUACCAUGAGCAAAAAGAGUGCUCUUCAGCUUGUUGCAACACCAUGUCUUUGCUGAGCGACAUUCGUAAGGAAUCUCAAAUCAUUGUAAUAGUAAUAAUAAGGGCUUAUCUUUAUUUUCCACUUGCA